UGUUUUGAUAUUAGUUAUUGUGCGUAUUCCGUCCAUGAGCUCGACUGACGACCAAUAUUGUAUUUUAAUUAAAUACCAAUUGAAAUCGUUUGCCAAAGGCAUUUGAUUGAAUGUUUGGUUAUCGACCGGAAGGCCUUAUCGAUCAGUUAUAAGAGAUUUAAUCAAGGCCUGUAAGACAACGUUUGGACGUAUCGGGGACCACAAGUGUUUAGUGUAAGAUAAAAUGUUCACCAAUAAUGGACAAGUACUACAAAACGAAAUACCGAAGAUAUAUCUAUCAGAUGAGGAUCCGAAGUAUGAAAUACCUGGAAGUGUUAUGGAUGGGAUUAUUUUAGAUGUGAAUGAACCUCAAUAUAAAGUGUCUAAAACUAGAUGGUUAAUGCUAGGAUUUUUUGUAAUGUACUCGGCGUCGAAUGCGCUGCAAUGGACUCAGUAUACGAUAAUUUCUGAUAUAGUUGUGAACUACUAUGGCGUGACCAGCAAAGUUGUGUCUUGGACUUCUAUGGUGUAUAUGAUUGCUUAUGUGCCUUUGAUAUUUCCGGCGAGCUGGCUUUUGGAUAAAACCGGCCUCCGGGUGACGACAAUUAUCGGUUCUCUGGGAACAUGUGCGGGAGCCUGGAUGAAGGUGUUUUCUGUGCCACAGGAUAUGUUCUGGGUUGGUUUCACAGGCCAGACGAUAGUGGCCAUAUCACAGGUGUUCAUUUUGAACGUACCGCCUCGACUAGCUGCAGUUUGGUUUGGAGCUGACCAGGUUUCAUCUGCCUGUAGCAUAGGAGUUUUUGGAAAUCAGCUCGGUAUUGCCCUGGGUUUUCUGCUGCCACCCAUCCUAGUCCGCGCGCAAGGUACAGUGGAGGAGAUUGGCGAAGACUUCAAAUUUAUGUUCUAUCUUGUAGCUGCUAUCACCACAGUUCUCUUGGUACUUAUUGUACUAUUUUUCAAAGCGGCCCCAGCAUCACCGCCUUCAGCAGCAGCUGAUCUUGGCGCGGCACUUGACUCCAACUUCCUGCAAUCACUAAAGAAAUUGAUGACCAACCGAAACUAUAUAUUGUUGCUGAUAUCCUACGGCCUCAAUAUUGGAGUCUUCUACGCGAUUUCCACUCUACUUAAUGAGUUGGUUUUGAGAUACUAUCCGGGUGCCAAUGCAGAUGCAGGAAGAAUAGGUCUAGUGAUAGUCGUUGCUGGUAUGGUGGGUUCGGUGGUAUGUGGCUACAUACUUGACAAGACACAUCGCUUCAAGGAGACGACACUGGCUGUAUACGCUGCCUCUGUCGUAGGAAUGAUAAUCUUCACGUUCACACUUGACUGUGGACAAAUCGGUGUUGUUUACUUCAGCAGUAUUAUUCUUGGUUUCUUCAUGACGGGCUACCUACCAGUUGGAUUCGAGUUUGCAUCGGAAGUGACAUAUCCCGAACCGGAAGGAACGACGUCGGGAAUUUUGAAUGCUUGUGUGCAGGUGUUUGGCAUAAUACUAACACUGCUAUUUGAGUGGAUGCUGGCUGACAUUGGCGAUCGCUGGGCUAACUUGACUUUGUGCGUUAUUUUGGCAGUUGGAACUGUCAUCACCGCGUGUAUUCGAUCUGACUUGAGACGUCAAGCCGCGCAAAAUAAGGCUUAAGUUUUUUAUAAUAAUUUUACAAGCUUGAACAUAACGUUAAUUUAAUUAUGUAUACUCGAAAAGAUUGACUUUGAAUGUAACUCGAGCGUGGAAUAUGCAGUUGUCUAAAAUGUUUAUAAAUGUAUAAGCUAUUCGAUUAGAUUGCAAACCUAAUUAAUACGUAGCGGUUUCUUAUAACAUAAUCCGCUGUAUAGACUUAGACGUAAACUAGGUACCCCUUUUAAAACGAAAGCUAUCGAGAGGAUCUUCAAAAUGUCGGUCUAUUUUAUAUUACAUAACAUAUCAGGACAAUAAAGGGCCUAUUUUUUAAAUAUAUGCAGCUAAAGUACCAUGACAAAUAUUAAUACUUAGUUUUAUUUAAAAGAAAAGCAAAUUUGUUAUAAUGCUGAGUGGUGUGUGUGAGAAUAUUUAUUGAACUUUAAUUAAAAAAUGUGACAGAAAAAGGGCAUGGCUGAGGGUAAGAUUCAGAGUCGAGACUUGGCGCGAACUCUAGGAGGCCUUAGGGUUGAGGUGAUAGUGUGCAAUCUCGAUUUAGAAUAUUACCCUGCUUCCUUUAACACAUUAUGUGCUUUUUUCUCGGAUCCGAGUGGAGCUGAGCGGUGCCGCCCACUCGGAUUCGUGCGUGCGAGCCGUUCAUUUUUUUAAACCAUUUGCCAUUUCUAGCUCUCGGAUCCGAGUAUUCGGCACCCAAUAUGCUGUAUACCGACCAUUUGGAUCCGAAAAAUGUUUUGUUUAAAAAAAAAUAUAUACAUUCAUACAUAUUUUCAAACAUUCAUAUUUACUCAAUCAAAAUUCACUGUAAAAGGUUUUGCCUUCCUGUUAUUAAUUUGUAUCUAUUGUUGAAGCAGUCAAUUUAUUAACAUAGUUUAAGUGGAGUGGCAAUUGUAGGCAACUCAGAUAUCGAUAGAAAAUUUUAUAGUAUUUUUAGAAAAUCUUGGAUCUUCAAAUUUGAUUGUAAAUGUUUAUACUGUUGUACACAUCGAAUUAACACUAAGUAUACUUAACAUACACUUCACGAUGACAAUAAAGACGUGGCUAAGUAUACAUGAAAUGUAUUUUUCGAUUAUAAUUGAAUUUAGUGUUGUAGAAGUGAUAAUCGGUGUAAUGAUUAAGAAAAUAACUAACCAAUUGUGACAAUUUACAUAUAAUUGGCGUAUAAAUUUCAUCACCGUAUAAUACAUAUAUGUAGUAUCUGUGGUUGAUGAGUGAGCAAUCGUGUAAGGAGUAUUAAUUUUAAAAAUUUGUUUAAUAAUAUUCACAGUAUUGUAUGUGUUCGCGUUGAACCCUUAAAAUGUAUGUUAAGUAAUGAAUUGUUCAUGCAAAACCAUAAUUUAAAAUUGCAUGUAAAUACUCUGAUUUUUCAUUCCAUAGAAUUCUGAUUUUUCAUGAGUGUGUCUACUAAAAAAGUUCUCCACCGAAAAAGAAGAAAUUUGGCCCAUUUGAAAAAAUGUUAAAUAUUAAUAUUUACUUACUCAUGUGACCUAAUACAAAAAUAACAAACAUUUCAAUAUAUUGAAUUAACUUUAAUUUCUUUAUUAUAUUCACUGCAUACUAAUUUCAUGUUAAGUAAACCUUUUAAAAAAAUAAAAUUUUGUCUUUACUCGCGGUCUUUUACUGAUUGUGAUAAAAAGGUAACUCAGAUCGCCGUAAAACCAUCUUAAUGUGAAGCACCGCACUCAUUAAAAGUAAUACAUAGUAUAACAAAUAAAAUGUAUGUAUAGAGUCAGAUGUUCAGACUCGUAUUGAAAUUGAAAAAUGUGCCCGGACAAAAAGGUUUUAAUCUCUGACAUGUCAAAAAAUGAUUUAGUUGUCAGAAUUCUACGGAAUUAAAAUCAGAGUAUUCUGAAUAUGAAGCCAAACUUAGUUUGGUAAGAUGAAAUCUUCUAUUAGAUUUAAAAAAAAAUUAACAAUUAUACUGUACUAGCUAAUCAUAUAGACGCUUGUCCCUCUUAGAGACAUCCCAGUUUUGUGGGUAAAGAGAUACUUCGUGGUACAUAUAUACGUAAAACAAUAUAUGUAUCUUCGUAUGUCUUGUUCACUUAGUAAAUAGUGUAAUAUGUAUAGAAAUUAAUAAACAGGCUUAAACUCGGCCUGCAUGUAUGUUUAGUUAUUUAAAUAUUUGGUGUAAUUAUUAAAUCUAUCGAGCGUACUCCGUACAUAGAAUAAUAAUGAAAUAAAACAGUAUUUGGUCAUGUCAAACUUAAGAUAUUUUGAUAUAAAUAAAGCUAAGCCAAAUGUAUACUCAACUAUAUAUAACACCACAGCGGUUUUCUAAUAUAACAUAUUGUGUUUAUAUUAUACUUUUAUUAACAUAAGAAUAAAUAUCAAUGCACCAUGAGCAGAUUUAGCAUGGUGGAUAAAAAUUUGAUGCGCGCGCAUUUUGACAUUAGGUAGAAUAACCUAAAAAUUACUUGGCUUGGCUGAAAAAUACUUAUUCUGGGUGGAAAUAUACAUUCCUUUACGUGAACUAUAAUUGAAUUAGUUGUUGUACGUUAUAUAGACUUAAUGGUAAACAUAAACAUCUGGCGUAUUCAUUUGAAAAUGCAUCUUCGUUUUUUUAUUAAGAAAGGCUUGUGACGAUAGUUACAACACGUAGUUGUGUUCUCUGUGAUCAGAUGCAGUAUUAACAAUAUUUUAUUUAAGUGUAGAUUAAGUUAAGUUUUAUAAAAAAUAUAGCAUUUACGUGCAUUUUUGUUCCUUUGCAUUAAUUUGUUAUAAAAUUUUAGAUCAUUGUUAGUAUCAUAAAUUGCCAGUAUGUAACACAUUUAAUGUGGAACAUAUAGUUUUAGUAUUGCACUUCUAAAUAUGUUUUUCUGCUGUACAAGAAAAUUAUUUAAAAUAUUAUGUAUUUAUAUGUGGAAGCAUCUUGUAUACCACCUAUAAUGCACCUAAAACGUUUAAAACCACUCAAGAAGAAGCGACGACAUGGUUCUAAUACUUGCUACUUCCUUGAAUUGUUCUAUUGGCAUUAUAUCACCAGUUAAUUGUGAUAAAGUUUUUUCGUGUGCCGGACGAACUCAUUGAGAUAGAACAUGCUGUACAACCGUAGAUCCUGUUUAAUGUUACAUUUGGAUGUUAUCAACGUUUAUACUUUGUAAUAUGUGUAGGAGAAAUAUCGUGUUUUAUUAAUUUCGUAAAGUUGCAAGCGUACGAAGAAAAACAAGUAGGUGUUCAUAUUGAGUAGUAUCAACUUCUAACAAAUCGUAUUUGAUUAAACUAAGUUAAAUUGUUAUAAUUUCAUUUCAAAGUCUAAAAAGUUACUGCUCCCGUAAGUCAGAAUCCGUUUUUGGAGUUCGAGAGUCAUAUUCAUCAGGAUCCUUCUUUGGAAACUGUUAGCAUAGUAUAAUAAUCAGAAUUAUAGUUUUUUUAUUAACCUAUAGUUUAUGUCCAGGUUUCCUUUUGUAUAAGUUAUUUAUGCAUGCUGUUAUGUAUGUUUACAUAGAAAUAAGAAUAAUCAUUAGUUACUGUAAUGUUAUAUUAUUGUAAAUUGAUAUCAAUAAAUUGUUGCAAUGUG